GGACGAGGCCAUCGUCCUGUGUCCUCAACGGUUGCCACUUCAAAUUCAUCGUCAUGAUCACGCACAUCCUUUGGGCUGCUGCCGUCGCCCUGGCUGCUCCGCAAAACGGUGAAAUCCUCCCUUACGGAUCUCUGGAAAACGGAGGUCGAACCCCCCAGGACAAUGCGCCCUUCGGUCUCCGCUCCGUCUUCGAGGCCGGUGCCGUCAAUCUUGAGGCCCGCCAGGGGUGCCAGGCUGGAUACACGCCAUGUGGCAGCGACGGCUGCAUGCCUGCCACCAGCACCUGCUGCAGCAACGGCCGCUCGUGCCGUGCCGGCACCGACUGCGUCGAGGGCGGCUGCUGCCUGUCUGGCAACGUCCCCUGUGACGCGACGGAUGGAAGCGGGUAUGAAGGCUGCUACCCCGCUAGCGAAGGAGCCAGCUGUUGCUCCAAUGGUCGUUUUUGCCGCGCCGGCACGUACUGUGCCACAGGCGGCUGCUGCCGCGAUGGUCAGACUUGCAAUGGAGGCGGCACCGGAGGUACUGGUGGUACCGGGGGUGGUGGCUCACCCGACGGUGUGACCCCCCCUACGCCUUUCACGCCGAACCCGAAUCCUCGCAAGGCUGGUCUGGGCGGCCAGGCCUCCAAGCCUGUCGACCUGUACUGGGAGGCGGCGUACAUGGGUUUGUGGUACGAGUACCAGGCCGGUCAGUGCGACAAGACGCAGAAAGCCAAGCUCGCCCGUGGUCCCGGUAACACCAUUACCGUCGACUUCGAGGACGAUGUCCGUGGCUUCGCCGUAUCUGUAACACUCGGCGACGUCGGCAAUGUUCGCGUCGCGUCUGGUGGCAUAUCGCAGAACAUCACCAUCCUCAGCACCGGGAAUGCCGCUGAGGUGGCCGCAAUGGACACUUGCCCCGUCAGCUACCAGUACAUCUUCCCACAGGGGACCGCGGGUUACUCCUUAUCCAUCGACUACCUGAGCUCUGACACGGGCCUCGCCGACCGCAACAGCGGCGAGUUCUUGGUGCACCAGAUUACCAUCUUUAACUCAGAUGAGGACAUCAGGCGUCUUACUACCACAUCGCUCCGCCACCCUCCGCAGACCCUGGGUGCGAACGCUGGCGGAGGCGGCGGUGCUGGCGGCGCCACGGGCGGCGCGGGUGUCCCCGUCGCUGCCGGUACGGGCGGAAACACCGUAGUGCGGUCCACCACAGCGCGGACCUCGUCCUCCGGUCCAGCAUCAACUGUCGGGACCGCGGCUGGUGCCGCCGGGGGCCUCACCGGUGGCGCCGUCAUGGUCGGCGCCUCGGUUUCGCUUCUUACUGCGGCAGCGGCCGUCGGCUUCGCCACUCGCUUCUUCGGCAUUGCGUGGCUGUAACCGUCGGCUGGCUGUAACCGUCGGCCUAGUUCAUGACCGGAACAUAACCAGUAGCCCCGUAAAUUACCUAUCAAUGUCAUAAUGGUUCAAGAUUGGCG